CCAACCGUUCGCAUCCCGAGAGGCGUCUGCGGUUCAACAGCCGCUUGGGCAGCCUCAUGCCGAGAAUCCGCAUAAACUAAACUGAAGCAAAGCAAACCAAAAGCACCGGCCAUCGGCUGGUGUAGGAAAUGUGGAGCUAUUUUUAAGCACUGGGGCGACAUUUUUCUUGUUUUCUCCCCGAUUUGCUUGCGAAAACACAUAAAAAUGUGCAAAAAAAAGAGCAGGCCGCACGAUAUUAAUAAAAGCAGCGCUGCUGCUGCGUUGGAUUCGGGUGGUUCUACUGGCGGAUAGUGGGCCUGUCUACUGCAUUCGUGAAUUCGCCCGUGGAGUUGCACAUCGUGUCUCUAGAGCUGGUCAUCGAUUAAGAUUGCAAGGUAUGAAUGUGGAGAAGCUGAAGCGCCUGCAGGCGCAGGUACGGAUCGGCGGCAAGGGCACGCCCCGCCGGAAGAAGAAGGUCAUGCACCAGACAGCGGCCACCGACGACAAGAAGCUGCAGAGCUCGCUUAAGAAGCUGUCGGUGAGCACCAUCCCGGGCAUUGAGGAGGUCAACAUCAUCAAGGACGACUUGACCGUGAUUCACUUCAACAACCCCAAGGCGCAGGCCUCGCUCUCGGCCAACACCUUCGCCGUCACGGGUCACGGCGAAACCCGGAAAGUGGUCGAAAUGUUGCCCGACAUUCUUCCCCAGCUGGGUCAGGAGACGGUCGUCCAACUGCGGAUGUAUGCCAACGCCAUGAACAAUCAGAAGGGCGGUCCAGGAGGCGCAGAAGAACCUAUACCAGCCGAGGAGGAUGAUGACGUUCCCCUGCUCGUUGGAGAUUUCGACGAGGUCGCUAAGGUGGAGGCUACAAAACAGCCAGAACAGGCACCAAAAGAAUCUGUGGAGAAUAAACCAAAGGAUAAGCAACAGCAGCAGCAGCAGCCCAAGAAGGAUCAAAAGCAGCCACAGAAAACACCACAGACUACCAAGCCAAAUGAGAAACCCAAAGAAAAACAGGACAUUAAGAAAGGUCAGGGCAAGGAUGGCAAGAAGAACGACCAGCAGGGCAACAAAGAGAAGCAGAAUAAGAAUAAAGAUCAGGCCAAGGGACAGUCAGCUCCUCAGACCACCAAAGAAAGCACACAGGCUGCGGGAACUCCAGAUCAGGAUCUUCCGAAGCCAGAGACGGAACAGAAGAAGGAACAGACCAAACCUAUUGACCAGAGAAGCACACAGGCUGCGGGAACUCCAGAUCAGGAUCUUCCGAAGCCAGAGACGGAACAGAAGAAGGAACAGGCCAAACCUAUUGACCAGAAAAUUGAAAUCAAACCUGUGGAGCAAAAGGCGGAGCAGUCUAAACCCACUGAAAACCAACAGAAUACUGAAACUAAACCCGCUGAGCAGAAGGUAGACCCACCUAAGCCGGCAGAAAAAACGCUUGAAAAAUCAAAGCAGCCUGGCCAGCUUAAAGCCAAUGAACCAAAGGUGGAACAGCCAAAACCAACUGGACAACAAAUAGAUCUGAAUACCCAAUUCAAAAUCACUGAGCAGAAGGUGGAGCAACCAAAGCAGGCGGAACAAAGGACUGAAGAAAAAUCCACGGAGCAAAAACCAGAACCACCUAAGCCAACUCCUUCAGAGACUCCCGCGAAGGCGUCAACUCCUCCUGCUAUCCAGACUCUCGCCGAGAUUGUGGCCUCGGAGCCGCAAAAGCAGGCAACACCUUCCGCGAAACCAACCGUCGAAGCUGCACCGGCUGCUAAAAUUGAAGAACAGCCAAAGGAGUUGCCUUCUCCAGCUAAAAAUGAACCAUCGAGUGCUGUAGUCAUUAAUGCUGAGCCACCCAAGAGACCUUCUCCUCCAAAGAAUUCUCAGGAUAAGCCCAAGGAAUCAACAGAGAAACUAAAACAAAAGACUCCGCCACCAGCCAAACAGAUCACUUUACCAGAAGAAGCCCCAAAAAUUGCACACGAGGCAGUCAAAGCUACAGAAACAGCGAAGAGUGCUGCCGAGGUUGUCAAGGCUCCAGCUCCAGAAGUCGCAAAACCUCCACCUCCAGAAGUUGCCAACGUACAGAAUUCUCAGGCACCACCACAACCUAAAGAUCAAGCUACAGCUGCUCCUGCGAAGACAGCCGAGACGCCAAAGCCUGUUGAAGAAAUUAAAGCUGCUCCCAGGAAGGAGACAACUCCACCAACCAAGCCAGUGACGCCCCCAGCUCCAGUGGCAUCUGCAACUCCUGCAGAGGGCCCGUCCCCAGCGGCCCCCUCCACGCCACCAUCGACUCCCACUUCCAUGCCUCCCUCUGUAGCGGCUGUGACUCCGCCAUCUCCCGCCGCCGUGACUCCGCCAUCGCCUGCAGGAGGUACUCCGCCCCAGAAACAGACUCCUCAAGCGAAUGUUAAGAAGCCGGAAGCGGGACAGAAGGCAAAGCAACAGCAACCAGCCAACAAGCCGCAGCAGGCCCAGAAGCAAUCACCAGGAGCAGGUGGAUCAGGGGGAAGCAAGCCUCAGCAGAAGCAGCCAAAUCCUAAUGCGAAUGCCAAGCCGGCAGUGGCUCCAAAGCCAGCCCAGGCUACAGGGAAACCCGCUUCUCCAAAAGCACCCAACCUGGCAAAUCAACCAAAUCAACAGCAGCAGGGAAAAGCAGCCAACAAGGCAUCUCCUCCCAAGCAAGCAGGACCAGCUGGAGGGCAGCAGAAGCCGGCGGCGAACUCCCCGAAGACUACGCCCUCUCCAAAGGCGGCAGGCUCCCCGAAAGCUACCUCUCCGAAGGCCGGAACUCCUCCCAACCCCUCAUCCGCUCCUGGAGGCCCUAAUUGAUCCAUCUUUAAUCUCUUUUUCAAUCGGCUCCCUUGCAUUUUAAACUUAACACGCAUUUUCACACUCAGUUUUCGUUUAAAAAUAUUAUCUAUUAAUCCCUGGUACUAAAAGUU